CCUUUAGUUUCGAGGAAAAUACUUUCUUAUAUUUAUAAAUAAUAAUUCAAAAAUAAUUCGACAGUAUAUACGGCUUUUAUUCAAUCAACGUGCCACCAAUCAAAAUAUUAGUUUGGUAUAACCUUCGAAAUGUAUUAGUGAUCUUCCAAAUGCGCGUACUAGAACGUCGCGAAAUGUAAAUAAAAAUAAUUCUACUCAUGCACGUUCAAUUGCACUAAUGAAGUCUCGCUUAUAAAGCCUAACGCAACAAAAAAAAGUUUUUAAGUACAAAUUGAAAAUCACUGACGAUUACUCGUACAAUAUAGCAAGUGAAACGCCGGUAGCAAGAAGAAGCAGAAAAUGCUGUUAAAGUACGAAGAGUUAAAUUUUUUAUUGCUGAUCUGUGCAAUAAUGAUGCCAGUCGCUAUGUCAUCUAAUUGUCGACGCCACUUUUGCCCUCAUUGUGAGGAGGAAGUCUGGGAAGAAGUGCCGUGUGAUCAAAUUUCUAGACGAAGAUCCACGACUACAACGGCCACAGAAAGUCCGAAAUUGCCAACUUAUGCUCCCACAACGCCGAUGCCAUAUACAACAGAGCGUCCAUAUACUAGAAGAACACCAACCCAAGCACCAGUGACAUACAGCAGAACUACCGUUCCUAGUGCUCAAUCCACUACUUCUAGCUCCUACCAAAGCUGUUAUUGUGAAUGCAAAGUGGGCUGCAAGCAGUUUUGCCGCAAAGUAACAGUAAAUGGUACAACUCAAAAUCAUAUAACACAAAUUACAAAAACUUCGCGUCGCGUUCCAAACGGACAUCUCAAUACGGAGCACGUACAUCAACAUAUAUUUGUGCCCGAUACUUAUGAACCACCAUCUACGAAGUCCACGGACUCAGCAGGAGCUCACCCAAUAGAGUUGCCUAAUGUCCUAGAAAAUUCGUAUAGAUACCCUAAAUUGGCCUACAAAGUUCAGCCAUCAAUAGAAAACCAACCUAGACCGUAUUCGCAAACAGGACAUACGCCUUUUACUUAUGAAGACUUCAAACUCGUUAACAGCCAUUCAGAAGCGCUACUAGACUCAAGCUAUUCAGUGGAUGACUUGACUCGUCUAUUGCAAAUGGAAAACGAGAAGGAGGGCAGCAACACCUUGUAUCAACCAAAUGUACAUGCAACGUACGGAUCUGCUCCAUUUUAUCCAUCACCUCCUCCAGCAUCUAGCUACUCUGACUCAGCGCCAACUACAAAACCAAGAAAUGAAGACAAUUCAUAUCGUUCCAAAGUACCUCUCUUAACACCAGGGCGCAGUGCGUCUUCAUCAGCCAAAAAUGUACAUGCAGCGUACGGAUCUGCUCCAUUUUAUCCAUCUCCUCCUCCAGCAUCUAGCUACUCUGACUCAGCGCCAACUACAAAACCAAGAAAUGAAGACAAUUCAUAUCGUUCCAAAGUACCUAUCUUAACACCAGGGCGCAGUGCGUCUUCAUCAAUGCCAUUGUCAUCCUCGGGCCCGCAGUAUGCGAACUACAUUAAUAAGGGCUCCUCAAGUCAUUCACAUCAGCACGAAUCCGCAAAACCUCUACCUCCUAAUUCAAAUAACGACCAAAAAAACGCGCCAUCUUUGAAUAAUCAUGCGACAUAUUACAACCCAAACGAAGAUUACACGAACUCGAUGGCUUACGGCUAUUACUAUGACAUACCAAUGUCGGAAAAUUAUGUGCCUUAUGAAAUGUAGGAUUGAUGUUGAGGAAUUUCCUUACAAUGCUCAAUAUUCUAGAUUGUAUUGUAAAAUAAUUGUAAUAUAAAUAUUUGUAAAAUAUAAUAAGUCUUUUCUUAGUUCAGUACUUGUAA